AUGGUCUUACAAAACGUUGGCAGCAAUUUAAUUAAAACUGUCAGUAACGUAUGCAUUAGACAAAAUGAAUGGAGCAGUAACAAGUGUACUCAAAGAUUGUACAUGGCACUACCCCGGCUCACACCACAGGAGGUUACAGCAGUUUUACAGGCCAAUGAGUAUACCAAAGAAUUUGACGAGGAAAGCUCUGUAAAGUACUAUGAUUCAAAUCAGUUGGCGUCCAACAAUCCUAUGGAGGAUACUCGAUCAGAAGCUCAAUGUCUACUUACGAAAGGUGUGUUUGAUGGUCAUGGAGGCCGUACGUGUGCACAAGUUGUCUCAAAGAGACUUUUCCAUUAUAUAUCGGCAUGUUUGUUGCCCACAAGAUUACUAAAACAAUAUCUCGACACAGUCAAUUCCAACAAUAAAUUGGAACUUCUUCAAACGUUCAACGAUAAAGUAGAGUUUAUUUCUGAAAUCAGAGAUAUCUAUCAAGCAAGUUUUUUAACUUUUGUCAAAGACUUGAUAGAAAUGGAAUGUACGAAAGAAUUUCAAAUGGAAACGGCUUUGGAAAAUGCAUUUCUCAGGUUAGACAAUGAUUUGUCAAACGAAGCACUUUCAAAUUUAGAUAAAAACGGUACUGCUACGACUCUUGCUGUUGCAAUGUCUGGUGCUGUAGCAGCUGUUGCACAUAUAGAUGGUCCCCAUCUUCACGUUACUGGAUUGGGUGAUUGUCAAGCAGUACUCGGCAUACUUUCCGAAAAUGACGAUUGGUCUGCAAAAUUAAUGACCGUCGAACAUAAUACCGACAAUCGUGCAGAAGUUGAAAGAAUUUUAUCGGAGCAUCCAUCCAACGAAAAGUCGACUGUAAUUAAAAUGGAGCGGUUACUUGGACAAUUAGCGCCGCUUCGUUCGUUGGGUGAUUUUCGUUAUAAAUGGAAUAAGCAGAUCUUAAGAGAUAUAGCGGUACCGUACUUUGGGGAAGCAGCAAUUCCACCAAAUUAUCAUACUCCUCCAUAUUUGACAGCGAAACCAGAGGUCAAAUAUCAUAGGUUAACACCUAGAGAUAAAUUUCUUAUAAUAGCUAGCGACGGUCUAUGGGAUUUAAUGUCACCCUUACAAGCUGUACGUUUAGUGGGCGAGCAUAUGAGCGGGAAAGUAACAUUGAGUCCAUUGACGCUACCUCGUAAGAAUAUGAAAUUAUCAGAUAUACAUAAAAUGUUGUUGCAACGUAAAGAAGGUUUGAAAAAGAAACCCCUGGAUAGCAACGCAGCGACACAUUUAUUGAGAAACGCGCUUGGUGGUACGGAAUACGGUAUAGAUCACGUUAAACUGUCGCAAUUAUUAACGCUACCAAGAGAAGUGGUACGAAUAUUUCGCGACGAUAUUACAAUAACGGUAGUUUAUAUGAACUCUGAAUUUUUAAGACACUGCCCCCCGUGA